ACGGUGAGACGACGUCCAUUGGCAUUGACUCGCCCCACAAGUGCCAUGCGACGCAAAGCAUUGACAGCUGCAGCUACGAAGUGAGUGACUCUUCGAAUGAGAUGAGCACAAGGCCUGGUAUGGACCAGCAUAAAGACCCAGCGGCAGCCACAUCGUCGA